AUGGAUGCUAAUCUUGCUCAUAACAUUAAAAUUAACACAGAUGCUGUCAAAAGACUAAUUAAAGAAAAGAGAGAUUAUGAAGAAGAAGCAGCAACUGCUGCUCAGAAUCUCCAAAACUCACAAUUCGAUCAUAACUCAUACGAGUAUAAGCAACUUAUUGAAUUAGAUAACGAAGCACGCAAAGUAUCUUCCUAUAUGGAAAAAAAAUUAAAGACGUUUGUUGAUAAGCUUCAGCAGUCUUUGAAUGCUGCAAAUGGUUAUCAAGACCAACCAGAAUACAUUGAAGCAAUGAAUGUAUUAAAAGAGUUAUAA